CCAUUUCGUACACGCCCUGUAUACCACUUGUGACAGCGUCUCUUGUAUCUACUAGAUUGUGUACAUUAAGCAUUAACCCUACUUUUUAAAUCAGUAAUCACUAAAAUGAACGAAGAUUUAGGUGCGGAAAUAAAAAAAUAUGAUCUUGAAAUUCAAUCUAUCGAAUCGGAAAUAGCAAAACUGCGACAGAAACUGAACAAAUUAAAAACCAAAAAGAAUGAACUCGAAAAACAACACAAUUUAGUCAAGAGUUUUGAUAAAACUGCGGAAGACUUGUAUAAAGGAACUGACUUUCCUUGGUCUGCAAACCUAACUGCACUACUUCGGGAAAAAUUUAAACUAGAAGAGUUUAGACCUACACAAUUAGUGGCCUUAAAUGCGACAUUAUCAAAGAAGGAUUUACUUUUGCUUAUGCCAACAGGCGGUGGUAAAAGUCUGUGUUAUCAACUCCCUGCUUUAGUUGGAAAAGGAACUACUUUAGUCGUUUCUCCUUUGUUAUCAUUAAUUGAAGAUCAACAGAUAGCUUUAAGAAAAUUAGGUAUUGUGAGUAAAUCGAUUAACUCGAGUACACCUAAGGAAAUUAAAAAGGAAAUUAAUGAUUACUUAUCGAAGGGUACUAAGCCGGUUAUUAAAUUGUUGUAUGUUACACCUGAGUGGUUAAGCAAAAGUAAACUAUUUAAAUCCUAUCUACAGAAAUGCUACGCAAUGGGAAACUUGGAACGUAUAGCCAUUGAUGAGGUGCACUGUUGUUCGCAGUGGGGUCAUGAUUUUCGUCCAGAUUACCAGUUUCUUAGUUUAUUAAAGGAUAUGUUCCCCAAUGUUCCCAUCAUUGGGCUAACUGCAACUGCCACCCUUUCGGUUCUGUUUGAUGUACAGAAUAUGUUGAAUAUCAAAGGAUGCUUAAUUUUCAGGUCAUCUUUUAAUAGGCCAAAUUUAUUUUACAAGGUAAUACCUAAGCCUCAACAAACUGAACAGUGUUUAGAGUAUCUUGAAGGUAUACUAAAAAAUAAGUUCAAAAACAAGUCCGGAAUCAUAUAUGCCUUGAGUAUAAAAGACACAGAGGAUUUAGCGCAAGCACUACGGGGUCGUGGUCUAAAGGUACGCCCGUACCACGCGAAUCUCGAGCCAGAGUUACGACGCAAAGUACACGAGAAGUGGCUAAACGACGAGUACCAAGUAGUUGUGGCUACAGUCGCAUUCGGAAUGGGCAUCGAUAAACCGGACGUACGUUUUGUGAUCCAUCACUCGAUUCCAAAAAGUAUGGAAAGUUUGUAUCAAGAAAGUGGUCGAGCUGGAAGGGAUGGGAAGGCGGCAAAAUGUAUUGUGAUGUAUCGCUUUAGUGAUUAUUUUCGUGGUAGCGCUAUCGUCAAUUCUAAAACCGAGGAAACCAAGCUUCGCUCUGUUCUAGAAUAUUGUUUAGAUUCCUCGACAUGUCGGCGUAAAUUGCUAGCAACACAUUUUGAUGAAAAAUGGAAUAGUAACGAAUGUAAUAGAAAUUGCGACAAUUGUAAAACUUCAACUUCGGUUGUGUGGUACAACAUUACACCCGUUUGUAAAUAUGUGUACGCAAUCAUUGAGAAAGCAGAGAAAAACGAAGUUCAUCUUACACUGUUAAAACUCCUUGACAUCUGGUUUAAAGGAGGGGAUAAGAAUUUAAGAGUUGAGGAUGUUCCGAUGCCAAAGGUUGAGAGACAUCAAGCUGAAGUAAUAGUCGCUUAUUUACUGAUGAAAGGUUAUUUAGUAGACUAUAAAAGUUAUACUGCUUAUGCGACUAAUUGUUAUAUUCAAAAAGCACCGGGGUGUUCUCUUGCUCCAGGUACAGUAAUUGAAAUCCCCAUUUCAGCCAGCGUCACCUAUCGCGGCCUUUUGAAAAGAAGUGCAGAUGCUGAAGGGGAGCCCGAUUCUAAAAUCAUAAGACUGGAUUAAGUUAUGUUCUAACUAAACAAUUUUUGUGAUCUAGUUUUUAACAUGUAACUAGUUAAUAAACACUACUUUUAGAGUA